ACAACACUGGGACGCAGCUGCAGUCGUCGUAACAGCCUGUGUCAGGGCUUUCCACCGUAGUGCUGCAUUUUCACAUCGCCCCAGCGGAUGCUGCUCGCUCGGACCUCGGUCUUAUUUGUUACCGUCAUUUAAGCGGCGACAUGGCGUCCUACAGGCAGUGGUUUGUGGCCGGCAUCGCCCUUCUGUGUCUCUAUGGGGCGGUGGAGUGUAAAAAGGUUUUUAAAUGUCCUUCAGGAUGCUCCUGCUCCAAGGAGACCAUCAUCUGCGUCGGUACCUCACAGAUUCCCCGGACCAUACCGAGCGACAUCAACUCACUGAGCAUGGUGAAUGGAUCCAUUGCGGAAAUCACAGAGGGGAUGUUUUCACUCAUGCCUUCUCUUCAGCUAUUACUUCUAAAUGCAAAUUCUUUGACUACAAUUAAAGAUGACGCGUUCUCUGGUCUCCCUCAUCUCGAGUAUCUAUUCAUUGAAGGCAACAAGAUUGAGACGAUCACCAAGAAUGCCUUUCGUGGUCUGCGAGGUUUGACUCAUCUCUCUCUUGCAAAUAACAAGAUGAGGUUUCUGCCAAGAGAUCUCUUUUCUGACUUGGAUUCAUUGCUGGAACUGGACCUGCGAGGCAACUCUUUCCAGUGCAGUUGUGAGAACAAGUGGCUGAUGACAUGGCUGAAAAACACGAAUGCCACAGUGUCAGAUGUCUUCUGCGCAGGCCCCAAUGACAUGAAGGGCAAGCGGCUCAAUGACCUUCCUCUUCCACCCGGCGAAUGCAUUUCCACAGACUUUGUGCGUCAUCAGUCCAUUCCCAUUCAGGCCAUGUCAGCGGACAUCUUCUCCUUCAAAGAGGACAUCUAUGUGGCGAUGGCAGCCCCGAACUCCAACAGCUGCGUGAUCAUGGAGUGGGAUCAUAUCGAAAUGAAUUUCCGAAAAUUUGAUAAUAUAACAGGGAAGUCUGUUGUUGGGUGCAAGUCUGUCCUGAUCGAAAACCACGUCCUGAUAAUAGUCACCCAGCUCUUCGGCGGCUCCCACAUUUACAAAUUUGACGAUCAACAGAACAAGUUCAGCAAGUUUCAAACUAUCGAAGUCUUCAACAUCUCAAAGCCAAAUGACAUUGAGGUCUUUCAAAUGGAAGGAAGCUGGUAUUUUGUGAUUGUAGACAGCUCUAAGGCGGGCCUGUCUACUCUGUACAAGUGGACAGAUGAACCGGACCGCAACCAAACCGGUUUCUACUCCUACCAGUUCCUCCAUGAGUGGUUUCGUGACACAGAUGCCGAGUUCGUGGAGGUGGACGGGAAGUCGUACCUCAUCUUAGCCAGUCGCUCUCAGCCGCCCGUCAUCUACCUGUGGAACAAGAGCACCCUGAAGUUCAUACUUCACGGUGAAAUCCCAAAUGUGGACGACGUGGUGGCAGUCAAAGCUUUUCGAGUGGAGGGCGAGAUGUAUCUGGCCAUGACUUGCUACAUCGGCGACUCCAAGGUCCUCAAGUGGACCAAUAAGCAGUUCACCGAGGUCCAGCCUCUUCCCUCUCGAGGGGCCAUGAUCCUCCAGCCUUUCACCUUCACAGACAGACACUACCUUGCUCUUGGCAGUGAUUACUCUUUCACACAGAUCUACCUGUGGGACACGGAGACAAAAAUGUUUCACAAGUUCAAGGACAUUUAUGUGCAGUCGCCCCGGUCAUUCACAGUGGUGACCAAUGACCGGAGGAAUUUCAUCUUCUCCUCCAGCUUCAAGGGCAAAUCAAUGGUUUUUGAGCAUAUUAUUGUAGAUUUAAGCUUGUAAUACUGAACAAAAUGACCAAUGAUCCCAAUAUGUGUUGGUCACUCAGAUCAAUAAUGUGUGUAUACUACGAAAGGAGUCUCAAAUGCUGUACAUCUUCCUUAUGCAACUAGAUAUAUCUUCUUUAGUUUGAGACAAAAUGUGUUGGCAAGUUUUUUUUAAGCAACUAUGGAGGUGUGACACUUGUUAGUGAACUUGAUACUGAAGGAUAGAAAUACGAAGCAGUCUUUGAAAAUGGAACCGCAUGAAGAUCAUUUCAUGCCAAACCAGUUAUGUCGGCGAAAGCGUUGGCUUUCAUCCUAGUUCCGUCAAGCAAACAAUAGCUAAGGUUGGGAGUGUCCGUUCUGGCAACGGCAACUGUAUGCUAUAGCCUGAUCACCCCACAUAUUUAUAACCCAUCAAGGGUUAUCCAGAAUGUAUUUCCCACUAUAUAUUAGUGUUUAUGGUGCACCUGUGAACUGGGUACUUAUUUAAUAGUUACUAUUGUUUCAGCAAACUAAAAAAAGAGAAACCUUGAGAAAUAGUGACUAUUCCACCUUUAAGCCUUGAUUGUCUACACAACAAAUCUGAACAAAGUACCAAUUUUUAGGCUGCUCGAAAUGAGAAAAAGUGUCAAUAUGCUUGUUUAUAUCUCCUUUGAGUGGCCUAACUUGAAAACAGGGCGAAAGGCCUGCUGUCACAGAGCAGGUAUGUGAUAGUAAAUUUAUUUAUAGGAAUGAUGGCACUUUUAAGCAGUUUGAAGUUGUACCUGGGAUGGUAUUCAUAGUGUUGCCUUUAGUUGUUUAUCCAAAAAGCUAACAAGCAGAAGUCCGCCCCAAAACUCUUGUAAAGGGCAUGUGCUCAACUGUUGGAUUGUUGCACAAACAAAUUGGAUAGUGGUUGGAGUGGGAUUCAAAUGCAAUUUGAUUUCCUUACAAAACUGUUUAAAGGUCAGAUGUUACCCAAAACUACUCUUUAGCUCUUCAGGUGAAGUGGUUACAGAGACGACAGAAACUGGUGUCUGAGCAGCUUGCUGAUAUUUUGAAGCCCUUAACCCCAAUAAACCCAUGGGCAACCACAAAAAAGUGCAUGGCACAGAGAUGUUUCUCAUCACCAAAAGUGCAGCAGAAUGUAUUAAAUUGACUGUUGUGAGCUUAAGCCUGACUGCACAACAUUUGUACCAAACUGCAGUAUGACUAUGCUAAUGAGUGCCUGAUUAAUAGCAACAUAAGACAUGUAAUUUACUCUUGAUUCCUAUGCAAUGCCCAUGUAUAACACUUAAAGCUGAUGCUGAAUUACAACCACAAGGUCAACUGUGUGCUGCUUUUUAACUUGAAACGCUUUGUAGGAGACAUUUUCAUUAAGCCCCUGAUACAUGCUCUUGUCCUUACCAAUCUUUUGAUAUUUUUCAUUAAUUGUAAACAUUUAUGAAAAAUCAUGAAAUCAGACAUUUUCUCCCAAACAUAUGAAUGGCAAUUAGGCUGUGCUAUAAGCAAUAUGUUUUGCCUGCUUAAUUUAUUUAUUUAUUUAUUUAUUUAUUGGCCUUCCAUCUGCCUUGAUGUCCUACCUAUCAAUGAUCUUUUACCAAUAUGCAGCCUUCUCUCGUAUGUAAGUGUGAGUUUGUGGAAAGUGCAUUAAAGAACAUUUAACCA